AAAAGGGAGAUCGCAUGGCUAGAUCAACUAGAAGAACACAAGAAAAACGUGAUGAGAGCACUGAUGUCGUUUGUUGACAGUGAUGCAAGCGUCCUAGGGUUGCUGACGGAAGCCGGACAGGCGGAAACACAGACACAUGAAAAGUUUGAUGCUCUCUUCGAAGCCGUUCUGCAUCUGGAACGGGUAAUCAAACGGGUUCGCAAUUUCAUUGAGGAGUUAAAGUAUCGUAUGGAAUUUUUCUUAAAGAAAGUGACGACAGAUGAAGAACUUUCGGUUUUGCGAACAUGGAUAGAAAAACGGACGAAAAGCGACUACUACGAUCGAAGACUUGGCUGGAACCGGGUUCCACAGACAAGUAUAGGUUGGACUUGGGAAAAUACUGAGGAUCAUGUUGCCGACGUAGUUACUGAGGCUUCUACAACGAC